GCCCUGCGAGACUCAACCUGUUCAGCUGGUUUGGGUAGGAAAUUCUGACACUCCCAGUAGCCACAGGGCUGUUUUUACUCGAGGGUGAGUUGAGCUGGACUUUGCCUAUGGACCCUCGAAUGACAAGAAUGCCGGUUCGGAGGCCGGUGCAUAUCGGUUGAUGUCAUUCUUGAACUGGAGCUUUCCGGGGGUCUAGACCCGCUUUUCCAUGGUUGAUCCUUAGGUGCAUAUCUUGGGAAAUCCGAUAACAAUUGGCACAAUGGCUGCAAACUCAAUUAACCUGGCGUGGAGGUCGCUCGGCCCCAGAGCUCGCGCUUGCCAGUCCCUUCGCUAUCUGCACCGGCCGUCGAUCGCCAAUGGAUUGUUAGUGCGUCCGCCGGGCGGUUACCGCCACUCCUCGGACAAGGCAUCCGGGGCGACGGAAAAGGCUGCGGAGAAGGUGACAGAGCCGGUAAAGGAGUCUUUCAAGGAGGUGCCCAAGAAGAAAAGCCGCACACUACGGAGGACCGUCUGGGGGACGACGGUGGCCGCUACCUUACUCGUUGGCUACCUCUACGGGACAGACACACGGGCGAGUAUCCACAGAUAUGGCGUGGUUCCGCUGAUCAGAAUGCUGUACCCGGAUGCGGAGGAUGCGCAUCAUGUCGGCGUGGAUACACUGAAGACUCUGUACGAGUACGGACUUCAUCCGCGCGAGAGGGGAAACCCGGACGGAGACGGUGCUUUGACGACGGAGGUCUUUGGAUAUACGCUCUGCAACCCGAUCGGAAUCUCCGGCGGUCUGGACAAGCACGCCGAGAUCCCGGACCCGCUGUUUGCGACCGGUCCGGCUAUCGUCGAAGUCGGCGGCACGACUCCUCUCCCGCAGGAUGGCAACGCACGACCCCGUGUCUUCCGCCUGCCGUCCCAGAAGGCCAUGAUCAACCGAUACGGGCUGAACUCCAAGGGUGCUGACCACAUGGCGGCACUCCUGGACCAGCGCGUGCGCGACUACGCCUACGCCCACGGCUUCGGCGCACACGAACUUGCGGUUGAGCGUGUGCUGAACGGCGACGCCGAGGUUCCCCCAGGCAGCUUGAUCCCCGGUAAGCUGCUAGCCGUGCAGGUAGCCAAGAACAAGUCGACGCCCGACUCCGACCUCGAGGCCGUCAAGAACGACUACGUAUACUGCGUCGAUCGCGUAGCCAAGUACGCCGACAUUCUUGUCGUGAACGUCUCCAGCCCGAACACGCCCGGCCUGCGCGAUCUGCAAGCGACGGCCCCGCUGACAGCCAUUCUGACGGCUGUCGUCGGCGCAGCCAAGAGCGUCGACCGGAAGACCAAGCCCUUCGUCAUGGUCAAGGUCAGUCCAGACGAGGACGCCGACGAGCAGGUAUCAGGCAUUUGCAGCGCCGUGCAAGCCUCAGGCGUCGACGGCGUGAUCGUCGGCAACACGACGAACCGCCGCCCCGCGCCGCUUCCCAAGGGCUUUGCCCUUCCGGAGAAGGAGGAAGGUACCCUGCAAGAGACGGGCGGAUACUCGGGCCCGCAGCUUUUCGACCGCACCGUCGCCUUGGUGGCUCGCUACCGCGCGCUGCUGGAUGAGGAGCGCGCGGAGUCUGAAAAUAAGGAUCCACGAAAGGUCAUCUUCGCUUCGGGGGGUAUCACCAACGGCGCUCAGGCGUUGGCUGCUCUGAAGGCCGGUGCGUCGGUGGCUAUGAUGUACACUGGUGUUGUCUACGGGGGUGUGGGGACUGUGACCCGUGUGAAGCAGGAGAUGCGCGAGCAGAAGAAGCUGGAGUAAACAUCUCUAGAUUAAAGCAUAAAUAGAGAAGGAAGCGAAUCCU